AUGGAUAAGUGGAUGAAGCUUUUCGUUCUUGGUGCUGGCUCUUACGGCAAAGUCUAUUAUGCAGUGAAGUUCCAUUCUUCUUCUUUAUUUGCUGAAGUUGCUGCUAUUAAAUGUUCAGAUAUUCGUUGUUCGUCCUCACUUGAACUAGAAGCAGAAGUGUUGACAACUCUCAAAGAUUGUCCCAACGUGGUCCAGUUUUUUGGAGUAUCGGUCAGCAUGGCUAAUGGUAUUCCAACUUACAAUCUGUUUCUUGAAUAUGCAUGUGGCGGAUCACUCCAUGAUUUGAUCACCAACUCGAAGAGAAGAAUGAUAAAGAUGACAGAACUGGAAGUAGGUUUCUAUGCAUAUCAACUCUUGAAUGGGGUUCAACACGUUCAUAAGAAAGGGUGGAUUCAUUGCGAUAUCAAACCCGCUAAUAUUUUGGUUUUCGAUAAUGAACGUGAUGGGAUGCACCAAUUGAAAUUGGCCGACUUUGGAUUGUCAUUGGAAGUGGGUGAUGGGAUGGCUUAUGUGACUGGACGUUCAUUAAGCAAUCGUGGGACUCUACUUUAUGCGCCUCCAGAAUCUUUGACGUGUGGUUUCCAUUCCAAAGCUUAUGAUAUAUGGUCGAUAGGAUGCACAGUGGCGGAGAUGAUGACUGGGAAUCGUGUUUGGAUUGAUCAGGGUACGAAGGAAUAUUUGGAGUGGCAGAUUAUGAACAAAGACCCCGUGAUUCCGAACAACGUUUCUGCGAUUGCUAGAGAUUUUCUACGCAAGUGUUUGAUAAACGACCCUCUAAGAAGAUGGACGUCGGAACAGCUACUCCAACACCCAUUUAUUCAGCAAGCAUUAUGUAUUUCGAUGCCUAAAACUCAAAGAGUAACCAGGUUUAAUCCAUUAAUUGGUUGCAAACUUCCAAUUCCAGAGGAGGACUUCAUCAAUUUACUCUUUGAAAGAGUUUAA